AUGGAUGUCAUCGCAACUCUACGAGCGGAAGUCGAACACCAGUUCGAUGCUGUUAUGCAAACACAAGGAUACCUGACAACAUGGAAACCCAAACCUCUUCGGCCCCGUCACAAGGCCAUGGACCUCUCAGCCUUCCCAGUGGAGAUCCGACACAUGAUCUAUGGACACCUCUUUCCAGAAGUCGCCGCCGACUCACCGUACAAAAUCAGGAUAGACCGAAUGUGGACGUGGACGCGAUCAGGGAAAGGACCGCCCUGGCGAAAAUCCUGGCGGCAUGAUAUCCUACGUCAGUAUCAAGUUCGGCGAGUAGGUCGCUAUAGGUACAAACUCGUUCGCGAUGCUCGCGAGGAGUAUCAAGGUCUUCGGAACACCCGCAACAACAAAAUCUUACAACGAAUUGAAUGGACUGACCGGUUGAGAGACAUCUCCCUCACAUCCCGCUUUCUGCGUGUGGACGUCGCGCAGUGGCUCUAUCCCCGCUGUGCCUGGGGCUUUCAAUACGUCCCCGACGCGUUCAAGUUCUUCGGUCAGUCCGAGCUGGUGCGAGAUCAUGUCAAAGCAAUCUCAUUCGAAUGCAUCGACAACAACGGCUAUCGCCAAAGCUUCAAUAGACCAUGGUCAGACCAGGAUGUCCCAGCACUUGUCGCACUACUACCAAACCUAGCCGUGCUUCAACUCACGAUGCCCGUCCAUUGGGGUGGUGAGGCUGAUCCGGUCACGAAGACGGGCUUCAAGAUACCCGACCUGAGGGUAGUUAAGACCAUUUUGGACAAUCAUCCUAAGCUACGCAGGGCCAUUGGGUUCAUGCUAGAUUCGGAACAGCCUUACCGUGCGCAUCGCGGAAUCACUUCCAAGGGAACAUUGCAGUUGCUGUCGGAUGACACGUUUCCGAAUAGAACUUGUUGUGAUGCGGAUGUUGAUGUUAGCGGGAUAUUAAGAGCAUUCGAUGCUAAGGUUGAUGCUAGGGUGCGUAAGCGGAAAGCGACAGAGGAGGCAAAACCGAAGAAGCCAAAACGACGUGAAUCGAAGAAUACUGAAUGUGUCGAGCAACAUCGGCCCCUGACACGGUCGUUGACAAAGGGGGCUUUUGAUGCUAAGGUCGAUGCUGGGGUGCGUAAGCGGAAAGCGACAGAGAAGGCGGAAGCGAAGAAGUCAAAACGACGUAAGCCGGAAACCAGUGGGUGCGUCGAGCAGCACCGGCCUUUGACACGGUCGUUGACGAGACUGAGGAAUCACGCGUCUCUAGCGAGUAAUUCUUGA